AUGGCGGGAUCAGCGGGCAAUCAUCAUGUUAACUCGGGCCUGCUAAUACUGGGCCUGGUGGUGGUCCUAUUGGGCCUGGCAGCAGACCGAGCCCAGGCCCAGCUCCAGUUCGGGUUCUACAAGGGCAAAUGCAACGCCACCGACGUGGAGUCCACGGUCCGGAGCGUGGUGUGGGGGAAGUACCAGAACGACACGACCAUCGUGGCGGCCUUGCUCCGCAUGCAGUUCCACGACUGCUUCGUCCAGGGCUGCGACGCCUCCAUCCUGCUGGACGGGCCGGGCAGUGAGAAGAACGCGCCGCCGAACCUGAGCGUGAGAGGGUACGAUGUGAUCGACGCCGUGAAGACGGCGCUGGAGGCGGCGUGCAAGCAGGUCGUGUCCUGUGCCGACAUCAUCGCCAUGGCCACCAGAGAUGCCGUCUCCUUCGCGAAUGGAGGGUUCUACAACGUGCAAACAGGGAGAAGAGAUUCGGCUUCACCAGCUAAGAAUGUUGCACUUCCGGCUCCUAAUAUUCCUAUCAAUCAAGCCCUCUCGUUGUUUGCCCGCAAGAACCUCUCUCCAGUCGACAUGGUUUAUCUUCUUGGCGGACACACGGUUGGGGUGACACACUGCGCGUUCUACCAAAGCCGGCUCUACAACUACCAGAACACAGGGAGGCCCGACCCGGCCAUGAACACGACCCUAGUCAACACGCUCAAGAAGACCUGCCCCGACCCGAGAACCAACGGUCCGACCACCGCCCCCGCGAACCUGGACCAGAACCCGGCCAGCGCGCUCGUCGUCGACAACUCGUACCACAAGCAGCUGCUCCGCGGCAACGGCGUCCUCCAGGUCGACCAGGACCUGGCCAGCCGGAACUUCGUGACCGGUUUGAUCGUCUCCAACAUCGCCGCCCGCACCGACUUCAACGCGAAGUUCGGGCAGGCCAUGGUCAACAUGGGUGCCGUCGAGGUGCUGACCGGGCAGCAGGGGCAGAUCAGGAAGUCCUGCCGGGCUGCUAACUGA